GGUUGCUGGAGUCCCAAGGGGAGCACAGAACUUCGGCUAUGUCUCAAUUAUUAAUUCUUCAGACUUGACCUUUAUCCAGAACUUCACUGGUGAACAGAUGGCGUCUUAUUUUGGGUACACUGUUGCAGUAUCUGAUGUUAACAAUGAUGGUUUAGAUGAUAUCUUAGUUGGUGCCCCUCUCUUCAUGGAACGAGAAUUUGAAAGCAAGCCUAAAGAAGUUGGGCAGGUUUAUCUCUACCUGCAAGAAAGUGCUUUCCUCUUCCGAGAUGCACAAAUUCUGACCGGUGCUGAAGUAUUUGGUAGAUUUGGCAGCGCAAUCACGCACCUUGGAGAUCUCAAUCAAGAUGGAUAUAAUGACAUUGCUAUAGGUGCACCAUUUGCAGGAGAAGACAGAAGAGGGAAAGUGCUCAUUUACAAUGGACAUAGUAAUGGGUUAAAUACUAACCCUUCCCAGGUCCUCAAUGGAGCGUGGGCCUCACAGUCCAUGCCUUCGGGAUUUGGCUUCACUCUAAGAGGAGACUCAGAUGUAGACAAGAAUGAUUACCCAGAUUUAAUUGUAGGUGCAUUUGGAGCUGGAAAAGCAGUUGUGUACAGAGCCAGGCCUGUUGUGACAGUGAAUGCUCAGCUCAUUCUGAACCCCAUGAUUGUGAAUCCAGACAAUAAAACUUGUCAACUCCCUGACUCUCAGCUUUUGGUGGCUUGCUUUACUGUAAGAGUCUGCGCAGACUUUGAAGGUCAAAGUAUUUCAGAUGAGAUAGUGCUGAAAGGUGAAUUGCAAUUAGAUUCACUGAAACAGAAAGGAGCUGUUAAGAGGACCCUCUUCUUUGAUUACCAUCAGUCACAUCAUUACUUCUCCAUUGUGAUAGAAAGACAGAAAGAGCUCCAUUGCCAGGACUUUCUUGUUUAUCUCAGAGAUGAAACAGAAUUUCGAGAUAAAUUAUCUCCCAUCAAUAUAAACUUGAAUUAUAGUUUGGAUGAAUCCAAUUUUGGAGAUAGCUUGACUGUGAAACCGAUACUGAACUAUUACCAGAAAAGCUCCGUAACAGAACAGGCUUACAUUCUGGUUGACUGUGGGGAGGACAACUUGUGCAUUCCUGACUUGCAGCUUUCUGCUAUGCCAGAUAAAGAUCAACUCAUAAUUGGAGAAGAAAACUGUGUCAUGCUCAUAAUAAAUCCAAGGAAUGAUGGGGAAGGAGCCUAUGAAGCUGAGCUACAUGUAAAGAUUCCACCUGAAGCAGAUUACACGGGGGUUGAACGCAACAACAAGGCACUGCGUGUGUUGAGCUGUGAUUACAAGAUGGAAAAUGAAACUAGAAUGGUGGUUUGUGAUCUUGGGAACCCUAUGGUGGCUGGUGCAAACUUUUCUACAGGCAUUCGAUUUUCUGUUCAGCAUUUUGAAAAUGCAGAUUUCAGCAUCAAUUUUGAGCUGCAAAUAAAAAGUUCUAACAAGAUUAAUCCCACCAGCAAUUUGGUCAACCUCCAUAUCAACAUCAGUGCUAUGGCUCAAGUACAGAUCAGAGGAGUGUCUCACCCCCCAACAAUUAUUUUGCCACUUCACAACUGGGAACCCAAAGAUGAACCUACAAAAGAAGAAGAACUUGGUCCUUUAGUAGAACACAUCUAUGAGCUGCACAAUAUAGGACCAAGUGCCAUCAACAAUACAGUUCUCCAUGUCGGUUGGCCUGUGUCCAGUCAAGAAGAAUUUCUUCUUUAUGUUCUUCAUAUUCAGACACAUGGACCAUUGCACUGUCAAACGAGCUCUCCUAUUAAUACAAUGCAAAUAAAGUUUGCUAUUCCACAAGACACUCCUGAACUUGCUGCUUUUUUAUAUAAUUCCACAAUUUCUCAUUACAUCAGGAGAAGGGAUGUCACAGUGGCAGAACCUCACAGGAAAAACUCUGCAAAAAUAUUGAACUGUACAAAUAUAAAGUGUAUCCUAAUUUCCUGCACUGUGGGACAACUGGAAAGAGGGAAGAGUGCAGCGCUGAAAAUCAGAUCCCGGCUGUGGGCCCAAACAUUCCUGGAGAGAAAGAAUCAUCUCUAUACUCUUUCUUCCAAUGUGUCCUUCAAAGUUAAGAGCAUGCCAUAUAAAGUGCAACCAGCAAAGCUCCCUGAGGGAAGCAUAGCAAUCAGAACAUCUGUCAUUUGGUCCACUCCAAAUGUCUCCUUUGUAAUCCCUUUAUGGGUUGUAAUACUAGCAAUACUUCUCGGACUACUGGUACUAGCUAUGUUGACCCUAGCCUUAUGGAAGUGUGGCUUCUUUGACAGAGCUAGACCUCCUCAAGAUGACAUGGCUGACCGGGAACAACUGACAAAUAACAAGACUACUGAUGCAUAGAGGAAGAGAGUGACAGUUCAAAUCAGAAUCCUGCCUGAGACUAGAAACACUAUGAGGAUUAAAUGAAGGAUUCCUUCCACUGAUCUUCCUUUGUACCUGCAAGUGACAUGGUGUCGUAAUCUGAUCUAUGCAACGUUCUGAGAACACACCACAUGAUGGCCAUCCUUGCCAAAGAAAGCAGCUUUAUCACUGCCUUACAAACAUACUCACCACUGAACAGAAUGUUUAUCCCAUAUUCCAGUCAGUCUAUGUUUCAGCAGAUGCCUUUGAACACGUGGUAUACUGAGAUGCUUCCAGAACAAGCCCAAAUCUCCCAAGGACAGAACACCUGCGUUGCUGUAUUGUCUAGAAGAUGGGCCAGGACAAAACUUCUGAACAUUACUGUAUCAUGCAGAAUACCUUUGACACCUCCCUAAGAAUAAGAACUUUUAUGAAAUUAUGGCUCAGGGAGACAAGCAAUAUAUCAGUACUGUGAAAGUACUUCUGAAAAACAAAGGUAGUCUAUGAAGAACUUUAUAGAUGGGGCACAGUUAUUUAUUUUUUCCACCUUUUUGGGAUAAGUAUCUGAUAUAACCAUCAAGUUGUUAGAUUUUGAGAGAAGAAAGUAAAAAAACAGAAAUCAUGUACUUACCUUGCAUGUAAAUAGAAAAGUAAGCCCAUUGUACACACAGGACACAUCUUUCUUG